AAAAAUGAAAAGCGAAUAUAUUUUGUAAAUUAAAUUUGAUAAGGCAAAUAAUACAUUUAAGCCUGGAGUAUGAUUUAUAUUUGAAAUAGGACCAAAUUUCAGGAGGAGUUACUGUUUUGUUUACAGAUCCAAUAAUGAAGAAACUUGAAAUAUAAUAGUUUGUAUGGAAAUCAGAAGGGACUAUAAUAUCUUAAAAUAAAGAAACACACAAAGAUUUAGAGAGGAUGUCAAGUCAGCUUCAUCCAGUUCUAUUACAUCAAUUAGAUGGUCAAUUAACAAAGGAUAAAUAUAUGUAGAAUCCAAUUCAUUUAUAUAAUAUAGAUUGUAAGAGAAAAAUACUUUUCCAUUCAAAUAUCAAUUAACUCCAUACUAAGACAGGAAAAUUUUGGAAACCUAUGUUGGUGUUUAUGUUGCAAUACAAUAUUCGAUUGAGGCAGAAUUAACUUUGGCAAAUGGAUUAAAAGUUACUUCAACAAUUCCAUAUUUUGUAUAUGUACCUGGAUAAGGGAAUGACAGAAUCAAACCAACAGAUAAAUAUCCUCGAGUUGAGCAUUUUUUGAUAACGCCUGAUAAAUUAUUAGGAAAUUCAAGCACAAUGAAUAAAUCAUAAAAUGCAAAAUUCAGAAUAAAUGGGUUAAUAGACACAACUAUUUGUUUAUUUUCAGAGGAUUUCCACGGAUCUUUAAUAAUUGAAGAAUGUGAUUCAGAAAUAAGAACUAUUGAUUUAUAGUUAAUAAGAGUAGAGAAAUUAGAAAAUAACUUAGGCAAAAUAAGUGAGGCCACAGAAAUCUAGUUGAUAUAAAUAAUAGAAGGGAAUGCAACAAGAGGAUUAGAGAUACCAUUUCAUAUGAUAUUUCCAAAAUUCUUUUCAUGUCCAAAUUUUCAAUUUAGAGAAUUUAGUGGUAUAGAGAAUCUUAUAUUAAUUUAGUCGAUUUCGAGGUGAAUUUAGUUAUGAUAUUAUACGAUGGAUUCAAGGUGACAUUAAACUUCCCAAUAAACAUUAUUAGAAAAUGA